UACCGCCCGCCCUCCAUCUGGCUCACAUGACUGCGAUUAGAGCAGAGGAGGAGUGGUGGUGGGACAGAGAGGGAACGAUGGGAGCAUGAAUGACAUUUUUUCUGAUUUCACUGCACAGAUCACAUCCAGGUCCAACUUGAUUUUGGCUGAGGGUCAUCCAUUUCUCUGGGUUGCAGGUAUGAGGGUGUUAUACUGGUGCAUGCUGGUAGUCACCAUGCUCCUGCUGUUGUGUGAAAUUGUCAUCAGUCAGCUGUGUAAGUCUCUCAUCACCAUGGUAGAUGGCUUCUACACCCUCUUCAUCCUCAUGCACAUGGCUCUUCCCCAUCCUCAGUCUGCAAGCAUCAUCUCAACUCCAGUCUCUUCUUUGGGUUCUCCCCCAUCUCCUCCACAUGCUUCCCUCUCUUUAGCAGCACUGCCUCGCUCCCUGCGAGCAGACUCACCUGUCAAACCUAUACCUGGUACCCAAACCGUCCCUGGAGGGUCAGACACGUCAGAUCAAUCCAACCACGAGACACCCUCACUAGUCAACUCACACAAGCUCUCCUCCCCAACAAUGUCUCCUAAAACUCAAAACUGUGGUCUGUCCUUCACCAACAGCAGGAUCCAGUCUGUGGGUGUCUUCAUUUCUGCCCUGCUCCUGGCCUCUUUGUGCAUCUCUUACUUCUUGGAAAUCAUCAGCUUUAUUCUGAAGCCACACCCAGUGCAGCACCCCGUGCUGCUGGUGGUAGUUGGAGCUGUCAGUGUGCUCCAUAAGAUGCUGGUGUUUGGGCUGAACUGGGAUCAGCUGAAGGGUGAGAGGACCAUGAGUGGCAAACAGGAAGUGACUGAGUCUUACUUUGAAGUGAACCACAAAGUCUUGCCUGAAGCAGACUCCAGAGGUCAGGAGGAAUCCAAAGACAUCGUCCAAUCAAACGCCCAGUCUGCUUCACAUAACUUUUUCCUCAACCGGGCACUUGUCUUCAGCAAUCCAGGAACUUCCAGCAUCCCUGAUACUGACAGUAAAACUUUGCAACAACUACCAGAAGUCUCCUGUGAAGAAGCGAGCAACAUUGCUGGUUUUAAGUUUCCAGACCAUAAAAAUACAUUUAAAACCUCCUCAAUCUGCAAGUUUUCCGCCCUCAUUGAGACACCUGCACCAAGCAACAAGUGGCCAGUCUGUCCUCUGUCCUUCAUUCUUGUCAUCCGGGGACUUUUUACAUCCCUCCUGGCCCUGAUCAACAGUUUGAUGACACUGCUGAUCGCCCCGCAGCUCCUGCACAGCUCUGGAACCUGUAGCAUCUUGGUUUACCUGGAUCCUGGCCUCUCUCUGCUGGCUGUGGUCACUCUUGUUGCCACAGCUGUGCCACAGGUGUACAGGUACGGACUGCUGCUGCUUCAGGCCUCACCUCCACAUAUUUGUGUCUCUGAUCUUGGACGGAGGAUUGCGAGCGUGCCUGGAGUGCAGGCUGUGCAUGACCUUCACGUCUGGCAGUUAACUGAGUCCCUCAUUGUGGCUUCUGUGCAUGUACACUGCUAUACUGGAUUUCCAGUACACAGGUGUGCCGAUGUGAUGGCAGGUGUCACUAAAGUGCUGCAUAAUGUGGGAGUGAGCUGCUGUACUGUUCAGCCAGAGUUUGCUUCCUGCUCUGGGUCCCCUUCAGGCAGCGAAGGGAACGCCUCCCCUGUCAUCCACAGAGAGUACCUUUCCUCACCUCCUCUCCCAGCCUGCAGCCUUGCCUGUGGAAAAGCUUGUGCAGGGAGCAUGUGUUGCUCUCUUCUAGAGGAGGACACCCAGAGUGUGCUGACACCACCCGCUGGGGAACUAAAGGAAGAUCCUCAGACUCUGGUCUUUGAGAACACCUUCCUCUGAAAGUAUCCAAGCCCUGACGUAAAGGUGAAGAUGGUAAUUGGUGCUAUAAUUAUUGUUAAACAAUAUGUCUUGAAACACUGUUAGCAAGCGUUCUGUUGGUUUGUUUCAUUAAUAGGUGCUAUUCCAAGGAUUUUAAUGCAAUAUCAUAAGAAAUUCUGUGAAGGCUUUUGUGUGUUUGUGUCAAUGUAUGUUGUUCUUUUGUAGCUAGAUACAAGCUUGUAUUGAAAUGAAAAUAAAUUAAAACUAUAUUACUAUUUUAA